AUGGAGCUUAGCGUGUUUCAGUUUGAGGACUUUGGUUGGCAUGAUGCUGGUACCUAUGACAAGAACAUUAUCGAGUGGCCCAAGUGUAGUGGCGCUAAUGGUAGCUUGAGAUCCAAAGUCGAGUUGAAGCAUGGGGCCAAUGCUGAUCUUGUGAAUGCUCUGAAGCUGAUCCAACCUAUCAAGGACAAGUUUUCAAGUGUUACCUAUGCAGAUCUGUUUCAGCUUGCAAGGGCCAUAGCUAUUGAGGAAGCAGGUGUCCCCAAAAUCCCUAUGAUCUAUGGAAGGGUUGACGUUAUUGCCCUUGACAAUGCCCGCCAAAGGGAAGGCUUCCUGGGUCAGUGA